GGGUAAAUUGGAGCAGGCGUAGCAAAUUGUUUUGACUUGGAAGAAGUCCGCUCGAAGCUCAGUCGCCACCCCACCACCACUCACACUCUCCCCCCAUCUUCCUCUCUCUUGUUAUAGUUGACCGACUUCACUGCCCCACCAAACCCAUCACCCACUCGCCCUCCUAUAUAAACUAACUCCCUUCUCUUCUUCUACACAUUCAGUCAUUCACACACACACUCUUUUCUUUCUCUCUAUUUCUCUUGUUCUCCAAGAAAAAAAACCCACUGACCGAGAUGGCCUUGGAAGCUCUGAAUUCUCCCACCGCCGCCACUCCUUUCAACUACGAAGAAGAAAUGGAGCGCCAGUACGCCGAGCCAUGGGCGAAGAGGAAGCGCUCCAAACGACCCCGUGUCGAGAACCCACCUACCGAGGAAGAGUACCUUGCCCUCUGCCUCAUCAUGCUUGCCCGCGGCGGCCGCGGCUCUGCCCCCGCUGAAACCGCAUCUCAAAUAUCGUCUUCACAAGCUGCGCCGCCGCAGCCACCGACCUUGAAGCUCUCCUACAAGUGCACGGUCUGCAACAAAGCCUUCCCUUCCUACCAGGCCCUCGGCGGCCACAAGGCCAGUCACCGCAAGUCCGCCGCCGCGUUCUCGGAGAACACCGCUUCCGCCGCCACCGACAACAACAACAACCCAUCGACUUCAUCCGGAGCCGGCGCCGGCGCCGUCGGCACGAGCGGUAGGACCCACGAGUGUACCAUCUGCCACAAGACGUUCCCGACCGGGCAGGCCUUGGGGGGUCACAAGCGCUGCCACUACGACGGCGGGAAUAAUAGCAAUACCAACAGUGGCGUGACCUUCUCGGAGGGUGGUGGCUCGAGCCACAGCCAGAGCCACCGUGGGUUCGACCUGAACCUGCCGGCCUUGCCGGAGUUCUUGUCCGACAGGAAAAUUCAUCGGCUUUCGGUAGUGGAUCAAGAGGUGGAGUCUCCUCUGCCAACAAAGAAGCCCCGUUUGUUCUUGACGGAUUCCUCGCAAGAUUGAUGACCCGACCCGAAUCACGAAAGCUUUCAAUGAUUUUUUUCUUUUCUUUUAUUAAAAAAAUAGUUAAGGCUCUGAUUCGAUGAAUAUUGUUUCUGUACAGUGAAUUUGUUCAUUGUUUGUGGAACUCUUUCAA